AUGCCUUUGAAGUGGCAGAGGCUGCGUGUUUCAUCCUCGAGCCUUGUGCCCCCACUGCUGUAUCAAUUUUCUUAUACUGUGGAAGGAUAUGAGUUGUUUAUCACCGAUCUUACAUACAUAUGGUCUGAACAUCUAGAUCGCAAAUCUAUCCUGCGACGAGCAGAUGAUGACGACACCACCAUCGAUCCCAGUGAGGAUCAAGAACAACUUACAGUGCUCCUGCAGAAGAUCGGAGAGGCACUGCAACAUGACUCAGGACACAACACCGUGCUAAGCCGUGGCUUAGAGAGUGCAAGCCUCCAUUUGACUACCACAACGAAGCUCCCGGCUCCCCUCAAGCCUCUCCGCUGGAAUCUCUAUCUAUCUCGAAACCCUCAUUCUUUAUCUACUAACCAGCUGCUUCUGCCCUUGAUAAAAGCCGAAGCGGUGUGGCAAUCGCGGGAACAGGUUCUGAUUGACCAGCUGAAGAAGAAAGACUGGGUCCUGGGCAAGCUAUUCGACAAACUCGAAGCCAUGGGUAUCGAUAUAGGCACCGUCUUCCCUGGCGUCUCUGGUCACCGGCCAGGACAAAAAGAUACAAUGUUGUCACAUACUGCCAAGUACAUCAAAGGGGUCGAGCCAUUCGACAAGGACUCAUGGGCCCAGGAAACCAACGUAUCCUUUCCCGAACUCAGCUCCGCAGCUAGUCUAGUCACAGAAGCUACUGGCUUCGACGUCAGCAGUACUGAUAAGCUGCAAGACCUUAGUGCACCGCCAGAAGGAUGGUGGGAGCAGCUCUCGGCUGCAGUCGAGGACCCGUCCGACAGUGAGUCACAGAAGCGAUUUGUAGACAAGCGUCCGCCCAGUGGCAGCCUUGAAACCGACACCGACAGUGGCAAUGAGGAUGACGAUGAGGACGAUGAGUUCGAGCGGCAAGAAACGCCCCCACACCUGAAACGAACCACAGCCGAGGCGUUAUCACCAAGCCCAGGCCUAAAGUCAAACACAGAGACACACGAGACGAGAUCACCGACCAAAUCGUCGGAGCCCUCAGCAGUACAGAAGCCUGCAAAAGGUGGCCUCGGCAUCAUCGGCGGCAGAAGGAAACCACAACCGAAAGAGAAAACACCACCGCCUCCAGUAGACACCAACGAGAACCGGAAAUCCAAGUCACCAAGACGUUCACCUCCCGAAGCAGCAGAUAGCGAUGCAACUGCUUCAGAAACAGACGGAGACGAUGAUCUUUCCCCACCCCCACCACCAAAACCGAAACCAAAAGCAUCAGCUCCAGCUCCAGCACCAGCCAAACGCGGCCUCGGGGUUAUCGGCGGCAAGAAAGAGCAACAACCUCCACCACCGCCACCUUCAUCAACUCCACAAGCCUCCGAACAACCAUCGGACCACCUAUCCAAGUCAGAGACCAAACCUCCCAAACGGAUCGGUCAAUUGGGGGUGAUCGGAGGUAUUGCACGUUCCAGCAGGCACGCCAUGGAACCUGGGUCACCGAAGGACGCUGCGCCUUCUGUCAUAUCAGAGCAAGAUAACGAUGCUCUGAAAGGAGUCGACACAAAGCUAGAACUACUACGGGCUACCCGUCCCGUAUCUCAUGAACCAAGGUCCAAGAUGACCCCGUCCACGGAACCAGAGAUAGAGGAGACUGAGCAACAAAGGGCUGAUCGCAAGCGGGAGGAAUUGAAACGACAACUCGAAGCCAAGGCCAAGGCUCCGGCCAAGAAGAAGCGGAAAUUCUGAUCCCGGCCGCCUUGUG